GAUCACUAACAGGCUUUGAAUGACAGCAGCUGCUGGCCCAAGUCACUUGAAGUCUAUUGAACUUUAUGUUGUCUAUAUGAUGCAACAGAAAGAUGCUUACUCCUUGGUGAUUAACAGCACUAGUAACGAAUUACUCCCUCAGCGGCGACAUAAAUUUCAAGUUUCAUUCCACUUCUUCGGUUCCUCCCCCAAGGCACAAUUAAGUCGAGGAGUAAACCUUUCUCACAGAGAACUCUUGGCUCACCACUAAUAUCACAAACCACGGCUCUGAAAGAGCAUCGGAUCACCGAACCAUCAAGAUGGGAAAAAAGAGCAACAGACCCCAUAACACGGUACACAACUGGCUUGACAUGCUAUUUCGAGGUUUCAGCGAGGAAGCAAAGAAGGAUUUCAAGGAGAACCAAGAGUCAUCAAGAUAUUACCCCCCAGCUCGGGAUAUCGAGAAAUAUGAACGACGACUUCAGAGGGAAAUGGAAAUCAACUACCCUGGCUCGGGCGCAAAUUUCAUGCCCGAUCUCGUUUCCGGCGGACAACCCCUUCCCGGGUUGAUACCCAGACCUCCAAGCUCACCACAAGACGUACAGGGAGCUAUCCGCCCCAGACUCGUUCGACCUUCUUCUGCGCAGCCAGCAGGUUCUCAAGAUGGCGUCCAGGUUUCGCUUCCUCCAUACGCUACACAAGACCCCCAACGCCCAAGACCCUCUCAAAAUUCUAACCAGCGCCCACAACCGGGUCGUCCUCCUCCUCGACAAAGUCAGGCAGAGGAUGAGAGAACAGAAACCGAAAUCGCACUUGCUCAAUUGGAAAAUGUCUCUCCGCAGCGUCCGGCACAAAGAGCUUCACAAAUGAGCGCUGGUCAGACCACGGAACCCUCUGCCAUAGCUGCUAGUGAAGCAUCGCAUGCCAGUACGGCAAGAGUGCCGACAGAAAGGGCGGAGCUGUUUGAUAAUCGGAGAACUUAUAUUGAGGGAAUGUCGCCUCCAAGCGGUUAUCCGAGUUCUCGUCGCUCUCAAAGACGGCCCUCCCGCCGUUGACCUCCAUAAUCCAUGUCCCCGAAAGGCAUUUGUACAACAAAUUUUGCG